UUAAAAUACAAAAGCAAACGAAUCAGUUGCAGAAGAACUAGCAGCGGGAAAACAUUAACUAGCGCUUAAAAACUAAACAGAUAAAGAUAACGUGUUACAAAAUAAAAAAAAGUGGUUUCAAGAAAAUUAGCCAACUUUUUUCAGUGGUGGUAAAAUAGCCCAUAAAAAUUCAUUUCUUACCAAGUCAUUGACUUAAAAAUUAAGAAUUAAUUAUUAAGAAGACACACAUAAACAAAAUUAUCACUCAUAGAUUAAUUAACUGCAGUGGAAGCGGCAGCAGCAGCGCUGGUUUUGUAAUGGCAAAAAAUAAAUCAUAAAUUUGCAAUGAAUUUGUUUUUGUUAUAAGUAUUAGUGCAAACAAAAAUAAUCAUACCUAUAACUUAAUAAAUUAUUUAACAAACAAAAGAAAAUUGUGUAAGCUGAAAAAAAGUAGCUAAAGAAAAAUCAUAAAUGUUGAGAAAAUUAAAAGUGAAGUGUUGAUAAAAGUACAAGCUUGUGAAAAGAUUUUUCAUUUAGAAAAAGCAGCAGCAUCAGUGUUACUUUUUAUAAUAGAAGCUUAAUUCAACAUUUAGUGAACGUCAUCAGAAUUAUAAGCCAGUCAUUUUUUAUUUUUAUUAUCGUCCAACCAUUUAACUAUUUUUAUACGUGUUCCUCUUCUUUUUUGUCUUCUUCUUAUACUCGUCUUGGCAACAACAGAUCUAUUAAUAAAUAAUAUUGUUCCAGCGAAGAUAUUUCAAUUAAGGAUUUCGCAAAAUGGACACACAACUUGUGUGGGCCCGUGAUCCGGUUGAAGGUUAUAUACAGUGUCAAAUAUCGGAAAUCGGUGCUAAGGAAUUUGAAGUUACACCCUUAGAUCGUAAAUAUCCAAAACGUUCAUGUGCCGUAGAGGAUAUAUUUUCAUCGUGCGAUGGACCCCAAGAUCAUGAUGAUAAUUGCGAACUUAUGCUUCUUAACGAAGCCACAUUUUUGGAUAAUUUAAAAACCCGUUACUACAAAGACAAAAUCUAUACCUAUGUGGCCAAUAUAUUAAUAGCAGUUAAUCCCUAUCGUGAUUUAAAUGAUCUCUAUGCACCUGCCACAAUUAAAAAAUAUAAUGGACGUUCCUUGGGUGAAUUACCACCUCAUGUUUUUGCCAUAGCCGACAAAGCUAUACGUGAUAUGCGCGUAUAUAAAGCUUCUCAAUCAAUUAUCGUCUCGGGUGAGUCGGGUGCCGGUAAAACAGAAUCAACAAAAUAUUUACUUAAAUAUUUGUGUCAUUCGCACGAUAGUGCUGGUCCUAUAGAGCAGAAAAUCUUAGAUGCUAAUCCCGUUCUAGAGGCAUUCGGUAAUGCGAAAACUACACGCAAUAACAAUUCGUCUCGUUUUGGCAAAUUCAUUGAGGUUCAUUAUGAUGGUAAAACUCAAGUUGUUGGCGGCUAUAUUUCACAUUAUUUACUGGAAAAAAGUCGUAUUUGUACGCAAAGCGCUGAGGAACGUAACUAUCAUGUGUUCUAUAUGUUGUUGGCGGGGGCACCUCAACAAUUGCGUGAUAAAUUAAGCUUAGGCAAACCAGAUGAUUAUCGGUAUCUUUCUGGCUGCACACAAUACUUUGCCAACAGUAAGACGGAACAAUUAAUACCGGCAACACAAAAAUCAAAACACCAUACACAGAAGGGUCCACUAAAGGAUCCCAUUAUCGAUGACUACAAUCACUUUCAAAAUUUGGAUAAAGCUUUGGGACGUCUGGGUCUAAGUGAAGCUCAAAAAUUGGAAAUAUAUUCACUGGUGGCAGCUUGCUUACAUUUGGGUAAUAUUUCAUUCGAAGAAAUACCCGAUGAUGCUAGAGGAGGCUGUCAGGUGUCGGAUUCAUCGGAAAAAUCUUUAACCAUUACUUGCCGUUUGUUGGGUGUUGAUCCCGAUGAACUAAGACAGGCUUUGGUAUCGCGUGUUAUGCAAAGUAAGGGAGGUGGCUUUAAGGGCACUGUUAUUAUGGUCCCUUUGAAAAUCUAUGAAGCUUCCAAUGCUCGUGAUGCUUUAGCUAAAGCCAUUUACAGCCGUUUAUUCGAUCGAAUUGUGGCAUUAAUCAAUCAAAGCAUUCCCUUCCAAGCUUCCAAUUACUAUAUAGGUGUUUUGGAUAUUGCUGGUUUUGAAUAUUUCACCGUUAAUUCAUUUGAACAGUUUUGCAUUAAUUAUUGCAAUGAAAAAUUGCAGAAAUUCUUUAAUGACAAUAUUUUGAAAAAUGAACAAGAACUUUAUAAACGUGAAGGUUUAAAUGUUCCUGAAAUCACAUUUACCGAUAAUCAAGAUAUUAUCGAAUUAAUAGAAUCCAAGGGAAAUGGUAUCUACACUUUGCUGGAUGAAGAAAGUAAGCUGCCCAAACCCUCAGCAGUACAUUUCACCACUGAGGUGCAUAAAGCUUGGUCCAAUCAUUAUCGUUUGGGUUUGCCGCGUUCGUCAAGACUUAAGGCUCAUCGUACUUUGAGGGAUGAGGAGGGUUUCUUAGUGCGUCACUUUGCUGGAGCAGUUUGUUAUAAUACGGAACAGUUUAUAGAGAAAAAUAAUGAUGCUUUACAUGCUUCCUUAGAGGGUUUGGUACAGGAAUGUGAAAAUACUCUACUGAAAUCAUUAUUCCCUUCGGGUAGCAGCAAUGCCACUAGAGGCAAAUUGAAUUUUAUCUCUGUGGGCUCUAAAUUUAAGACACAAUUGGCUGAAUUAAUGGAAAAAUUAGAGAAGAAUGGCACCAAUUUCAUACGUUGCAUUAAACCCAAUAGUAAAAUGAUUGAUCGUGAAUUUGAGGGUGGUUUAGCUUUGGCUCAAUUAAAAUGUUCUGGCACCAUAUCCGUUUUAGAGCUUAUGGAACAUGGCUAUCCAUCCCGUGUACCCUUCGCCGAUCUAUAUAACAUGUAUAAAUCUCUACUACCACCAGAAUUGGCCAAAUUACCAGCACGCACUUUCUGUGAAGCCAUGUUACAGUCUUUGAAUCUCAGUUCAAGAGAUUUUAAAUUUGGCAUUACUAAAGUAUUCUUCCGGCCGGGUAAAUUUAUAGAAUUUGAUCGUAUCAUGAAAUCGGAUACAGAAAAUCUGUUGGCUAUUGUGGCUAAGGUUAAGAAAUGGUUAAUACGUUCCAGAUGGGUUAAAUCUACAUUGGGAGCUUUAUGUGUUAUAAAAUUACGCAAUCGCAUUAAGUAUCGCAAUAAAUGCGUUUUGAUUAUGCAGAGUACUGUACGUGGCUAUUUGGCGCGCAAACAUCAUCGUCCUCGUUAUCAGGGUAUUUCGAAAAUUAAUAAAAUUCGUUUGAAUGCUCAAAAAACAGUAGAAAUUGCUGGUGGUCUGAAAAGAGGCCGUGAGGAAAUUUUAGCUGAAGUAUCGGAUAUAAAUCGUCAAAUCGAUGAAGCUAUACGCAAGAUAAAGGCUAACGAUAAAAUUACCACCCGAGAAAUUGAUGGACUUUAUACAAAUGUCAUGGCUAAUAUGAAUAAAAUCACUGUGGACUUAAAUACUAAACUUAAGGAACAACAGCAAGCCGAAGAGCAGGAACGCUUACGUAAGAUUCAAGAAGCUUUGGAAGCAGAACGUCGUGCUAAAGAGGAAGAGGAACGUCGUUGUCGCGAAGAGGAAGAAAACAAAAAGCUUAAAGCCGAAAUGGAAGCCAGACGCAAAGCCGAAGAGGCACAACGUCUACGACAGGAAGAGGAGGAUCGUAAAGCAGCCUUAGCUUUACAGGCACAAUUAGAAAAGGAAGCUCAAGAUGAUGCCAAAUUUAGGCAACAGCUAGAGCAAGAACGUAGAGAUCAUGAAUUGGCUUUACGUUUGGCCAAUGAAACAAAUGGCCAAGUGGAAGACAGUCCUCCGGUGAUAAGAAAUGGUCAAAUGGAUGCAACUUUAAUGGGUCAAAAUAAACUUAUCAGUUUUACACGAGGUGUUUCUAAUUUUGCAUCUCGUUAUUUAAACAAUAAAUCGGAAAAUGUUCGUGCUCAACAGCAGGCUUUGGGUAAACAGAAAUAUGAUUUGUCAAAAUGGAAAUAUUCAGAAUUACGUGAUGCAAUAAAUACAUCCUGUGAUAUUGAAUUAUUAGAGGCUUGCCGCCAAGAAUUCCAUCGCCGUUUGAAGGUCUAUCAUGCCUGGAAGGCAAAGAAUCGUAAACGUACUACCAUGGAUGAAAAUGAAAGAGCUCCAAAAAGUGUCAUGGAAGCGGCUUCGAAAGCACCACCAUUGGUACAGCCUAAACAAGAAAUUACAACUGCCCAGCAUCGCUAUUUCCGUAUACCAUUUAUGAGAGCAAAUGCACCUGAAAAUACUAAACGUGGUCUGUGGUAUGCUCAUUUUGAUGGUCAAUGGAUUGCAAGGCAAAUGGAACUACAUGCUGAUAAACCACCAAUACUAUUAACAGCUGGUAUCGAUGACAUGGAAAUGUGCGAAUUAAGUUUGGAAGAAACUGGCUUAACACGUAAACGUGGCGCCGAAAUUCUGGAACAUGAAUUUAAUCGUGAAUGGGAAAAGCAUGGUGGUAAACCAUAUAAAAAUUUAGGUGCUAAAUAAAUUUAAAAAUUAUACUAUCAAACUAAAUUAAAACUUAAACAACAAACUAUAUUUUAUAAUUUAAAAUUAUAAACAAAAGAAUAGAAAGAAACAUAUUUGUUUGCAAAAUAAUAAACGAAUCGAAAAUAUACAUCAUAUUUUUACACUAAAUUAAAUAAAGAAAAAACAAACGGAA